GGACGAGUCUUGGUGAGUGGAGAAGAAAUGGAAGAAACAGAUAUCAUUGCCAAAAAUGGUCAUAUUCAUACCCUUGCAGGAGUUCUCAUCCCACCCACAAUUGUUCCAAUCCUACCACAUCGCUAUUGUGAGACAAGAAGCCAAGUGACAAAGGGUGCCUGCAGGUUGUUUAUCUCAUGCAUUGGCUCCCUGUCCAUGGGACUCAAAGCCCAUUGCACGGGAAAAGGGAAUAUUUGCUCUAUUUCACAGGAACUGAAGUGUUGCAAAGGCUUCUUUGGCCCUGAUUGCAGUCCAUGUCCAGGAGGUUUCUCCAAACCCUGCUCAGGAAACGGGCAGUGUAUGGAUGGCCUGGAAGGAAACGGGACUUGUAUUUGCACUGAGGCAUUUCAGGGCUCACGCUGUCAGUUCUGCUCAGACCUUGGCAAAUAUGGACCUCAGUGUGACAAAGAGUGCCUCUGCAUCCAUGGAAAGUGUGACAACCGAAUAGACAGUGAUGGGAUCUGUCUUCCUGGAUCAUGCAGAACUGGAUACACAGGGAACCUCUGUGAUAAGCAGGUUGUUCCCUGCAAGCCCUCCUUACAUCUCUGCCAUGAACAUGCAGACUGUGAUUUGAGUGAUGGUGCAGUGAGCUGUGUUUGCAAACCUGGCUAUGAGGGAGAUGGCUUGAGCUGCAGAAAAAUUGAUCCUUGUGCUGCUUUAAAACCUGGUGGCUGCAGUGUGAAUGCUGAGUGCAUUCAGACAGGUCUAGGAGAGCACACAUGCAUUUGCCAGGCAGGAUGGACAGGCGAUGGAAGGGACUGCUCAGCCAUCAACAACUGCCUGCUACCCACCACGGCAGGGUGCCAUGAAAACGCCACCUGCAUAUACAUUGGGCCAGGUCAGAAUGACUGCAAGUGUAAGGAUGGAUUUCAGGGGAAUGGAAUUGAAUGCACACCGAUAAACUCAUGCCUGGAACAAAAUGGAAAAUGUCAUCAUCUGGCAACUUGCCAGUUUGUGUCUCCUCGUGGCUGGGAGUGUGUGUGCCCAAAGGGCUUCGAAGGAGAUGGCAGAAUAUGCUAUGGAAAUGCUGCAGAUGAGCUAUCUACUCUGUCAGAAGCGGCUGCAUUUAACCAAUGGGUUAAUGAAGCCAAGAUGAAUUCAGAGUUGUCCACCACCUCAAACCUAACCCUCCUCGUGCCUUCUCUGCAAGCAAUUGAAAACAUGGAUGAAGAUGAGAAAGCCUUUUGGAUGACAAAAAGUAACAUCCCAACUCUGCUGAAGUUUCAUGUACUGACAGCAGCUUACAGCUUUGCUGAUUUCCAGAAUUUAUCGUCCUCUGAUGUGCUGCCAACGUCACUACAGAGCAACUUCCUACGCUUGUCUAAAGAAAACGGGAACCUCACUCUUGAAGGGGCUCACAUUGUGGCCAGUGACAUCGCAUCUGUAAAUGGGGUCAUACACGUCAUCGAUAAGGUUCUGACCCCACUGCAUAGCACUGCCAUGCCAAGGCUGCUGGCCCGACUGGAGCAAAUGCCUGAUUACUCCAUUUUCAGAGGCUACAUUAUUCAAUACAGCCUGGCAAAUGAAAUAGAAGCUGCAAACACAUACACAGUCUUUGCCCCAAAUAAUGAUGCCAUAGAAAAUUACCUAAGGAAUAAAAAGUCUGCUACUCUGGAUGAAGGCCAAAUCCGCUAUCACAUUGUGCUAGAUGAGAAGCUCCUGAAGAAUGACCUGCACAAUGGCAUGCACAGGGAGACCAUGCUAGGGUUCUCCUACCAGGUUGGGUUCUUCCUCCACAACAGCCAGCUCUUCAUAAAUGAUGCACCUAUUAGCUACACAAAUGUUGCAACAGACAAAGGAAUUAUUCAUGGAUUGGGAAAAGUCCUGGAAAUCCAGAAGAACAGAUGUGAUAUCAAUGACACUGUGAUCAUUGUAAGUAAGUGCACAAUUUGUUCACAAGCAUCAAGUUGUCCCCCGGGAACAAAAGAAAUAGCAGGGGAGAAGAAAUACUGCAUCAUCUCAGAAAACAGGAGAAUGUACACCAUCCAGAUUGGGUGCCAGCCAAAGUGUGCUAAAACCAUCAUUACCAGGCAGUGCUGCGCAGGUUUCUUCGGACAGCAGUGCCAGCCUUGCCCAGGAAAAGCAGGGAAUGCCUGCUUUGGAAACGGUGUCUGCCUGGAUGGCAUCAAUGGCACAGGCAGCUGUGAGUGUGAAGAGGGGUUUGUCGGCACAGCCUGCGAAAGCUGCGUCGAAGGCAAAUACGGCCACAACUGUGAUCAAGUGUGCACUUGUGUCCAUGGGAAAUGCAGCAGUGGGAUCGAUGGAGACGGCACCUGUGAAUGUGAUGUUGGCUGGAGAGGGGUGAUGUGUGAGACUGAAAUCAAAGACGAUGCGUGUAACACCUCAUGCCACACCAGUGCUAACUGCCUUCUCCUAUCAAAUGGCACUGCCUAUUGCAAGUGUGCAGCUGGGUUUGAGGGGAACGGGACAUUCUGCACAGCUAUCAAUGCUUGUGAGACCAGCAAUGGUGGGUGCUCUGCCAAGGCAGAGUGCAGAAGAACAACCCCAGGGAACAGAGUCUGUGUCUGCAACGCUGGCUACACUGGGGAUGGAAUAGUCUGCAUUGAGUUCAACCCUUGCCUGGAGAACAAUGGGGGAUGUGAUAGAAAUGCAGAAUGUACACAGACUGGACCCAACCAAGCAGUAUGCAACUGCUUGAAAGGAUAUUCUGGAGAUGGCAAAAGAUGCACAUACAUCAGUCUGUGUUCACAAAAUAACGGAGGCUGCAGUGAAUUUGCCAUCUGUAAUGACACUGAGCUGACAGAAAGGACCUGCACCUGUAAACCCAACUAUGUCGGGGAUGGAUUUCAGUGCCGAGGCAACAUCUUCCAGGAACUUCUCAGGAACUCAAACACAUCUAGGUUUUAUUUCCACUUAGAGGUCUUGUCUAUCAGAGAUAUUGCAGGCUCUGGUCCUUUCACUCUGUUUGUACCUCACACAGACAUACUCAGCAGUGACCCACGAGUCAAGGACUGGAUUUCCAAAGGAAUGAUGGCUCAAGUCCUCAGGUACCAUAUGGUAGGUUGUGCCAAUCUGUUGUACAACGACCUGAUGAGAAUCACAAACAUCACCUCUCUCCACGGCGACCUGAUAUACAUCAGCUACUCGCAGAACUCACUGGUUUUGAACAACCAAGCUGAAAUUAUAGUCAGCGAUGCUGUUGGCACAAAUGGUGUGAUCCAUGUCAUAAACCAAAUUCUGGUCCCAUCACACAUGCAGGAUGUCCCCCUAAAGAAGGUAUGUACAGCCUUUUCCACAGAAACUCUUAAAAUGGUUGCAGCCAGAAACGGAUACAACCUGUUCAGCAGUUUGCUAGAGAAAAACAACCUGCUUGGCCUGAUCAAUGAUCCUAUCCACCAACCUGUCACCCUCUUUUGGCCCACGGACACAGCCAUCCGCGGGCUGCCACAGGAGCAGCAGGACUUUCUCUUCAAGAAGUCCAACACUGACAAAUUGGUGCAGUACCUCAAAUUCCACAUUGUUCGUGAUGCUGCGGUGUUGGCCUACCAGCUCCCCCUCUCCACCUCACUGAAGACCCUGCAGGGCUCCAACCUCAGCGUGAGCUGUGGGGAUAACAGCGAGGUUGGUGCACUUUUCCUGAAUGACAGACAGUGCAAGAUAGUACAGAGGCAGCUGGAGUUUGACGGCGGCAUUGCCUACGGUAUCGACUGCCUGCUGACAGAGCCCAGCCUGGGGGGUCGCUGCGACAGCUUCUUCACCGUGGAUUUCAUGGGGCUUUGUGUUAGCUGUUUGAGUACCUCCAAAUGCCCUCCAGGGACAAAACCAAAGGAAGGAAUCCAUGGGUGCACCUAUGAGUCCUACGGGCUGAGGAGGGAUGGUUGCCGUAGGAACUGCUCCAUGGUCAUCCACACAGCCAAGUGCUGCAAAGGCUACUUCGGGCCAGACUGCCAAGCUUGCCCAGGGGGCUCAGAGACUCCAUGCAAUAACCACGGCUCCUGUGACGAGGGAUACACCGGGACAGGAGAGUGCCAGUGCCACAGUGGCUUCAAUGGGACUGCGUGUGAGCUGUGUUUGCCAGGCAGAUAUGGCUUCAGCUGCCGUCCCUGCGAAUGCAAGAACAACGGGCAGUGUGAUGAAGGACAUUCAGGGACGGGACGAUGUUUCUGUGAAACAGGAUGGACUGGCAGGCUGUGUGAAACCAAGCUAGCUCUGCCGCCAGUGUGUUCCCCAAGCUGCUCUGCCCACGCUGUGUGCACAGAGAACAGCACGUGCCAGUGCAAGCCAUUGUACAACGGGGAUGGGAUCACGUGCACAGCUGCAGAUCUUUGCAAACAAAACAACGGUGGGUGCCACAAGGCAGCGGAGUGCACACAGCUGGGGGUGAAAGUCCUCUGCAGCUGCCAGAAAGGAUACAAGGGAGAUGGGUUUACAUGCCUUCCAAGAAAUCCUUGUGCUGAUGGGUUCAAUGGAGGCUGCCACGAGCAUGCCAUUUGCACUGUCAUAGGACCUGAUAAACGCAAGUGUGAAUGUAAAAAGAACUACAUUGGUGAUGGGCUGAACUGCUCUGUGAUGCAGCUUCCCCUUGAUCGCUGCUUGCAAGACAACGGACAGUGCCACCCAGAUGCUGACUGUGCUGACCUCCACUUCCAAGAUACCACAGUUGGCGUUUUCCACUUGAGAUCCCCACAAGGACAGUACAAAAUGACUUAUGAGAAGGCAAAGGAGGCCUGUGCCAAUGAGUCAGCCACCAUUGCUACCUACAACCAGCUGCUGUACGCACAGAAGGCAAGGUACCACCUGUGUGCUGCUGGCUGGCUAGAUGGAGAAAGAGUGGGCUACCCAACCGGCUUCUCCUCCCCAAACUGUGGCUCUGGAUACGUCGGCAUUGUGGACUAUGGGAGAAGAGUCAAUCUGAGUGAAACCUGGGAUGUUUUCUGCUACAGAGAAAAAGAGGUGAACUGCACCUGCAAGCCAGGCUACGUGGGGGAUGGCUUCUCCUGCAGUGGGAACUUGCUGCAAGUGCUGAUGUCCUUCCCAACACUGACAAACUUCUUGUCGGACAUCAUGGCUUACUCCAACAGCUCCAGGAGGGGAAGGGAGUUCCUGCGGUACCUCACAGACCUCUCAGCACGUGGCACUCUCUUUGCUCCGAACGACAGCGGGUUCAAGGAGAAUGAGACACUUUCUGGGAGAGACAUUGAGUACCAUUUAUCUAAUGCCAAUAUAAUGUUUUAUGAGGACUUGUCCAAUGGAACCACUCUUGUAACUCAUCUAGGGGAAAAACUCCUCAUUACAAACACCAGGGUCCAGAAACAUCAACUUCCCACAGCUGAACAGAGCGAGAUCCGGUAUGUGGACAGAAGUGCUAUUGUUGAAUGGGAUAUAAUUGCUUCCAACGGGAUAAUCCACAUCAUUUCAGAGCCUUUAAAGGCUCCACCAGCACCUGCUCCUCUCCACACCAGCACUGGGACAGGAAUAUUCUUUGGCAUAUGUCUAGUUAUUGGAAUUGUGGCUCUUAUUGGAUAUUCUUACCUCAGGUUCAGGAAGAGAAACACUGGCUUCCAGCACUUCAAGUCAAAAGAUGACCAUAACACAACAUCACUGGACAAUUCACAGCCUUCAAAUAUCACCAACCCCUCGUAUGAAAGUUCUUCUGCACUGACUCCACCAGAAGCUACUUAUGACCUUUUCUCAGAUUCAGAUGACCAGCAGCUUGUGACGAGUGGUCCUCAUGACCAGGAUUAA